AAUAGUAUAUGUUUCCUACCGUCCAAAAUUAGAAGAAGAGGGAUGAUAAUCUUAUCAUAAAAAGAACAGAAAAGGAAGGGUCCAAAAUGGUUUGGUUCUGAUUCGAUACAUUCAAACUUCGGUAUUCAGCGAAAAGAAGUCAUGGCAACUGCUACAAUCAUCUCUCUGACUUCAGCUACAUCAUCAUAUUUACUGCCUCCCAAUUCCAAGUGCAUGUUAGCCAGGAAAAGAGCUCUAUUCUUCUCACCGUUGCAUCAUGUCUCUUCAAAUUUUGCUUUCCCUUCUUCUCUACAAUUCAAAAAAUGUAGGCAACCCAGAAGACCAGUAAUUAAGGCUGCAAGAACAGAGUCUAAAGGGGUUUUAUUAGGAUCUAGAGCUCCUGAUUUCCAGCUUUUAGAGCCCCUUACUGGAAAAACUUGGGAAUUGGACGAUUUUGAUUCUCAUCCUGCGUUACUGGUUAUGUUUAUUUGUAACCACUGCCCAUUUGUAAUACACUUGAAGCAAGACAUCGUGAAACUUACCAACUACUACAUGAAGAAGGGGCUUGCAGUUGUUGCUAUCUCUUCAAAUUCUGUAGUUACGCAUCCACAGGAUGGUCCUGACUUCAUGGCAGAAGAAGCAAAGUUAUUCAAGUACCCGUUUCCGUAUCUUUAUGACGAGUCACAAGAUGUUGCACGAGCAUUCAGAGCUGUCUGCACACCUGAAUUUCUACUCUACAAAAAGGUUGGCAGAAGACCAUUUGAGCUCGUUUAUCAUGGCCAGUUUGAUGACUCACGGCCAAGUAAUAAUAUGAGAGUUACUGGAAGGGACUUGAGCAUGGCAAUAGAUUCUGCUCUCAGUGGGCAGCCAUUGUCUUUUGUGCAAAAACCAAGUGUUGGAUGCAGUAUAAAGUGGCAUCCUGAGAAAAGCAUGUAAUCCUUAUGCACCUGUCUCCAACUGUGACGCAUCUUACGAAGACAAUUAUCCUGAAUACUGAGAAGUGAGAGAACCAAAGAGAUAAUAUGAUGGAACAGAAGAAUCCAGAUUAGAAGUAAUUCAAAGAAAAUGUUGACUGCAACUUGUGGACAAAAGGGAAGGUAAUACUAUUGUUGAUAUUAAUAAGUAAUUUUAGUUUGUAGUACAUUUUUGAGUAUAUGUAACCUCCAUGGCAUUCGACAUGAUAUGACUUGAAGUGUUUAAUAAGAAAUGAAAAGACUUCAUUUGGAAUUUGAUGCAACACAAUGUACCGUUAUGCUCA